AUGCGUGCACUCAGCACGUGGAUUCUAUGUGAACGACGUGUUUUCGGCGCGAAUCAACGCCUCGUGACCUCCAACGGUCGUUUUCUCUCGUCUUUUGGCAUUUCCCCGCUGCGAUAUCACGUGGAGUUAGCAAUACUGAUGCAAUAAAGAUAUUUUGCUGAAGAAAUCACAACGGUUUCGGUAAUGGUUAGUCUGCACGAGGGUGGUGGUCUUUCGGAGUGUGGCCGCCAAUUUGUAGGUGUUUUUCCGAGUCGUGUCAGGAAGUGGCACCUAAAUUUCUAAUAAACUUUGGCGCUGAAGCAAGCCUGCAAUAUCGAAUUUGUUUCAAGUUUUCAAGGUGAAAGGAGCACGGAGAGCCGACCAAGGAGCAUUCAUUUGAAAUUCAACUAAUAGGAAAGUUUUGUAGUCUGAUCACAGCUGUCCGAGCCACUUCAAAACAGAUUUAGUCUCCCACUUGUCUAAUCCGCCGUUCGAAGCGAAGAUUAGCCGCAUAUUUCUUAGAGUGGGAGAAGAUCAAAACGUUCAAUUCUUCUGCCUUCUUAUUCUUUUUUUUGCAAAAUAUAAGAAGGCGGAAGAAUUGAACGGACUUCACCCUGCCCUUGUAAUCCUGCAAAAGUCCUUUGUUUUUUCAACCAAAGAUACCGAGUUUUCGCGACCUUUUGCGUUACACAAAGUACAUAUUUUGGAAUUUCGCGUGACUUUUCAAUGUCCUUAGGAUGUCUACCAAAACACGCUUUUUCAAAAAAAAAAACACAGUUUGUUCUGCAAACUGUCCUUUUUUGUUGUGUGCUUUUUCAAGAGGAAACGUGCUUUGAAGGCAAUUUGACCGACGUAACACUUUAUCGCGUUUGAGUCUCGAUAACAAUACGGCGUGUGGCCUGGGGGAUCCUUUCGGAGACUUCGUCCGACAAGAAAAAUUUCUGUCUUCUGUCACGCGAUGCUUGGCCCUCUCGCAACAAACGCAGAAAUGGGACUGGAAGUGGUGA